AUGUGGAUACAAACUGAUGAUUGUUUAAUGGAUAUCAACGACAAUAAUAAACUUAGUGAUGAUAAUGACAACAAUCAAUUGCUAACCAAUUACCACAAUAGUAAUGCUCAAGAUAUGGAUCAGUCACACAGUAGUUUUUCAUUAGUAACUUUGCCAGCAAUUAACACCCAUAUAGUCAAUCAAUAUUUUAAUAACAACAACAAUCAUACUGACGAUGUGACAAAUAAUAAUCAAAUAAAUGAUAGUCAAACUAAUGAACAAUUUGUCUGUAAGUGGCAAAACUGUGGACAACUAUUUGCAACUAUCGGUGCCUACAAUCAACACACAACAAUUAACAAACAUUACUCGACAGCUAGUAGUAGAUCGUAUGGUGAGUGCUUACCACCAGUGGAUGUGUUGCCAUCAACUGAAAGUUCUUAUAUUCAAUUGCCAGACAAUACAUUUAAAUGUAUUUAUAUGAACUGUAAUACAUUAUUGAAGAGACCAUACACUCUAAGAAAACAUCAAUUGAAUUUACAUCCAGAGAUCUAUCCAGACAUACCAUGGCUAGACUGUCCACAUACAGGCUGUACGUUUAGAUCAAAAACAUCGAUAGUUAUGUUUGAACACAAAACAAAACAUACAAAACCAUAUAAAUGUAAUGAAUGUGGAAAACAAUUUUCACGUAAUUUCAAUUUAAAAGCACAUUUGACAACACAUAACAGUUCACUGAAAAUCAAAUGUCAAUGGCAUGGAUGCGAUCAACUGUUUUCAACCAGAAUUCGUAUGAUUAAACAUUUAAGAAGACAUACCGGUCCCAAAAAUUAA